AGAAAAAUACAUUUUAAUACCUAUGGUGAUUCAGAGAAAAGGGUUGGUUUCAGAUUUUUUGUUUAUUAAAAAAGAUGUACAGUUUUUCUUGUUCUUAUACUCAAUAAACAUGAUUUCUUCAACUUUCAACCUUUUAGCUGAUACUGUGGUUGAUUUUCUGGGUUUAGGGUUGCCACUUGAUGUUUUUGAGGUAGUGAAAAUGGUGAGGCAAAGGAUUGAGAUCAGGAAGAUCGAUAACUUGACGGCCAGGCAGGUGACCUUCUCAAAGAGACGAAAAGGGCUUUUCAAGAAGGCUAAAGAGCUCUCAGUUCUCUGUGAUGCCGAAGUAGCUCUCGUUGUUUUCUCUGCAACUGGAAAACUCUUCGAGUAUGCCAGCUCAAGAUAG